CCCUUAUAAACUGCUGCAAAAGCAUUAAAUCCAAGUGAUUUCGGUUCCUCUUACGACACACCCCUCUCUUGUUACACCCCUGCACAAGAAAAUAGCCCAAAGUUCAAUAGGUAUAAACUGCAAAACCAGAUCCAGCUGAUCUUGGCAGAAGCUUGUCAGGACUCUGUGUGGAAGCAGGGAACAACGCGUUCCUGCAGAAAACAAAACAUGCUUUUAUACGCCAUUUUUACGUUUUUGGCAAUUUGGCCGUUUUUGCUCUUCGCGAGAAACCGAUACAUUUGGGCAGAUCUGUGCUUCGCGAUCACCUCGAUCCAGCUCGCGUUCCGCAUGGGCAGGAUCAAGAAGCAGAAACCGUUCUACAGCGUUUUGGAUCGUUUUCUGGACAAAGUGGCGACGCAGCCUCAGAAGAGCUUCAUCGUUUUCGAGGGGAGCUCGUACACGUACCGGGAGGCCGACAGGGAGAGCAACAGGCUGGCCAGGGCUCUGCAGGAGCACGCCGGCCUGAAGGAGGGGGACACGGUGGCUCUGUUCGCGGGCAACGAGCCGCACUUCGUCUGGACCUGGUUGGCUGUGACCAAACUGGGCUGCACGGCCUCUCUGCUCAACUCCAACAUCAGGUCCAAGUCCCUGCUGCACUGCUUCUCCUGCUGCGGGGCCAAGGUCCUGGUGGCUGCUGCUGACCUACGAGGGGCUGUGGAGGAGGUGUUGCCCACCCUGAACCAGCAGGGUGUCCGUGUGUUCAUCUUAAGUGAGGAGUGCGAUGUGGAGGGCAUCGAAAGCCUCUUGGAUAAAAUCCAGCAGGCCUCAGACCAGCCUCUGUCCCCUCAGCUGAGGGCCAACGUUACCCUCAAGAGUCCUGCGCUGUAUAUCUACACCUCAGGAACAACAGGGCUUCCCAAGGCUGCUGUAAUUAACCACAAUAGACUAUGGAUGACGUCUUUCAUUCACUCUAUUUCUGGCGUUCGCUCGGACGAUAUCAUCUACAUAUACCUGCCCCUCUACCACAGCGCGGGCUUUCUGAUGGGACUGUGUGGAGCCAUAGACACAGGGAUCACUGUUGUUUUGAGACGUAAAUUCUCUGCCUCUCAGUUCUGGAACGACUGUAGAAAGUACAACGUGACAGUCAUUCAGUACAUAGGAGAGAUUAUGCGCUACCUGUGCAACACACCGAAGAGCGACAUUGACAGAGAUCAUAAAGUCCGAUUGGCCAUCGGGAACGGGAUAAGGGCCGACACCUGGGAAGACUUCCUGCAGAGAUUUGGGAACAUUAGGAUCUUGGAAUGCUACGGAGCGACGGAGGGAAAUGCUGGUUUUGUCAACUACAUUGGGAAAAUUGGAGCUAUUGGCAAGGAGAACUUCCUACACAAGAUGGGAUAUAAGUAUAAACUCAUAAGGUACGAUACAGAGAAGGAGGAGCCUGUCCGAGACCCCAGAGGAUUCUGUAUUGACGUCCCCAAAGGAGAGACCGGUUUAUUCGUGGUGAAGAUUGGAGAAAAAACGCCUUUCAUUGGCUACGCCAAGAACACGCAGCAAACAGAGAAGAAGAAGCUGAGGGACGUCUUUGUGAAGGGCGACCUCUACUUUAACAGCGGCGACCUGCUGAAGAUCGACCAGGAGGGAUUUGUCUUCUUUCAAGAUCGCAUUGGAGACACUUUCAGGUGGAAAGGAGAAAAUGUGGCGACCACAGAGGUGGCAGAUCAUUUGCUCAUGGUGGACUGCAUUGAGGAGGCUAAUGUCUAUGGUGUGAAGGUGCCAGGACAUGAGGGAAGAAUUGGAAUGGCUGCACUAAAGCUGAAGGAAAACAUGGACUUUGACAGCAAAGCUACAUAUCAUCAUGUCAAAAACUUCCUCCCCAGCUAUGCAAGACCGCGCUUCAUUCGCAUACAGGAUUCGCUGGUAGUGACUGGGACAUUUAAGCAAAUGAAGGUGAAGCUGGGGGAGGAGGGCUUCAACCCCGCCGUCAUCAGCGAUUGUUUGUUCUUCCUGGAGGACAGUGAAGGCUACGUACCCAUGACUCAGGACAUGUACAACUCCAUCGCAGAGGGAAGAAACCGGCUCUGAGUGACCACCAGCUUUGUUAUUUGACUGUCAACAUCAAAUAGCACAUUUGAUGUGUUGCAGGAAGCCGAAUAAUGCAAAACGACCUGUUUGUGAGCAAUACUGUGACAUAUGAAAAUUGAAUUCUUGAAACAUUUCAAGAGACAUAAUGUUUGUGUAAAUUUUAAUAAAGAUUUUGAAAACAUGA